AUGCCACUAGAAAAACUACAAGCAUUGUCAAGAGUGUUCUCGAUCCUAAGACAAACCUGGGGUGGAUCUGAGGAUCCUGCUGACUAUAGGAAUGAUAGGAACUGGAUUGUUCACCGCCGCCUUUGGAGCCGGCUACUGGUUCGAUGUACACAACUUCUACUACUUUCUGGGCAUGCAGAUGAUUUCUGGUCUGUUUCAGUCAUCUGGAUGGCCUUCAGUGGUUGCAGUAGUUGGCAACUGGUUUGGGAAGAGCAAGAGGGACUGAUAAUGGGAAUAUGGAAUGCUCACACAUCCGUAGGAAACAUAUCUGGCUCUCUGAUUGCUGCUGCCAUGCUGAAGUAUGGGUGGUGCUGGUCCUUUGCGGUGCCCGGUAUCAUGAUCGCACUGGUCGGGCUCACGGUGUUCCUCUUCUUGCCUGUUGGGCCUGAUGUGAUUGGAAUCCAGGAGGAUCUCCAUUUGAAGGAUUAUGAAAAGAGUGACAUGGACACUCCCUUGUUGGAACGACGCUCAUCAGAUGUUCUAAGAACUUUUUUUACACUAACAUCAACACUCUGCCUGUUCCUGUUUUCAGCUAUCGGUGGACAAUACUUGUCAGACUCGGAAGCCGGGGUACUGUCAACUCUGUUCGACGUGGGUGGCGUUGUUGGCGGCAUCCUCGCCGGCCACAUCUCCGACCACCUGGACGCCCGGGCGCUGACGGCCGCGAGCUUCACCUUCUCCGCGAUACCGGCGCUCUUCUUCUACCGCAUCUACGGGAACGUCUCCCUGGCGUGGAACAUCGCGCUCAUGUUCGUCACCGGGAUGCUGGUGAACGGGCCCUACGCGCUGAUCACGACGGCCGUGUCCGCGGACCUCGGCACGCACAGCUCCCUCAACGGCAACUCCCGCGCGCUGGCCACCGUGACGGCGAUCAUCGACGGCACGGGGUCGAUCGGCGCCGCCAUCGGGCCGCUGCUGACGGGGUACAUCUCCGCCAGGAGCUGGAGCGCCGUGUUCACGAUGCUGAUGGCGUCGGCGCUCGUCGCGGGGCUGCUGCUGUCGAGGCUGGUGGUGGCGGAAGUGGUCGCCAAGAUGGAGUCCCGGAGGACGCCCGCCCAUGCUGCUAGCGACCUGCCCGUGUCCUCCAUGGGAGAACCGUAG